CAGAAUACAGCGAAUCAGCAAUCAGGUACCUUCAAUAUCGUCGGAGACUUAUACACAUGUGUAUUUGUGUUUAUGGUGGUAUGUUCAAAUAAGGUUACACGUUAAAUAUUAAUUUUAAUUAGCUCAUUUAGACAUAUGGCGCAAACUGUUGUUACUCAGUUUUAUACAGCCAAAAAGAACGUCCAGAAUUCCAAGAAAUCAGUUAAAAAAAUAGAAAAAGAAAUAAUUUCUGAUGCUCUUAAAAAAACUACCAGUAAGAAAUUAACGAGCACUAAGCCAACAAAUGUGAAAGCUAGUAAAGUUCAGCAUUUGCCUGUUGACAAUGAUAAAGAAGAAAACAGCCUAAAAAUAACGUCGAAGAAAAAUGAAAAAGUUGAACAGCCAUCCACUACUUCUGAGACUUUUGAAACUCCACGAACUCCGAAAAGAAAUCUGUCUAAUGCAGAUGAACUUACACCAUCCAAAAAAAGGCCAGUGAUUGAAAAAAAUGACAAAACGAAUAAAAAAACAGAUUCAAAAUCUGGCUUAAAAACUUCUAAGAAGCAGCCCGCCGCUCGUAAGAAAUUGGCAUUGCCCAAGAGCAAUAAAUUAACAAAUUUCAUAACUACGUCAAAGAAUGAAACUGAAGCUACUCCGAAAAAUAAUCUUAGUGUAACAACUGAUGAAGCUGAUACAAAAUCUGAAAAGUUGGCUGAUAUUAAUGAUGAGUGUAGAUCAAAGAUUUUGGGUAGCAACCGCCUGGAUGAACUCAAGAAAAUUCAUGCAAAAUUUGAACGAGUAAAAAAUGCAGCCGAAAAAUAUCAAUCAAACUCGUUUAAGAUCACAUCUGUUAUAUCACCAGUAACUUCUACACCAAUCGAAGCCAAAACUUCCGGUCCGAAGAAAGAACCUGCAUAUCAGAAAUUCAGUCAUCUUGCAGCUCCUGAAUCUUCUGACCUUAUAUUGCCUUACAAGUACAACUUAUUAUGUGAAGCAUUUCAGUGCAUGGAUGUGGUAGUCAGCAUGUUAAAUAAUCGUAAAGAAAAAAUUACGUUUGAAAAGGUGAAGGAAGGUGUACAAAAAAUGAUAGGACGAAAUUUUACCAAGUCUCAUCUUGCACAAAUUGUCACAGUUUUACCUUCAGCUUAUGUAAUGCAUUAUGAGAAAGCUGAUGCUUACAUCAUCAAUAAAACAAAAGAUGGCCCCGACUAUCAGCUAAUAAUUUCAGCAAACAUCUCUGGAAGUCCAGGAAAGUCUUCAUCAAGCAAAGGAACAGUUUUUAUUCACAUAACUCCUCAACAUCUUGCUGAAAGGAGAGCCAUGUUCAAAGAAAAUAUUUUAAAAGAAGUGAAAAAACAUCAUAGAAAAUUUUUGACUCAAAUCAAUUUCCCUCUGGUGUCUGAUGAGAAAAUUCUUCGUUGGCACCAAAAAUUCCCACUUGCCUCUGUUCCGGAUAUACCAGAAUCUGCUUUGCCGGAACUGCCUGAAGUUAAAACUUGUACUGCAAAAGAUGUGCUAAAUAAAAUAAAAGGAAAAUUUAAAGGAACGAUUGAAAAAGCAUUAAAAGAAGUUUCUGAAUCGAGAACGUCACCAAGCAACAAAGAGGUGACUUUAACUACAACUAAUCCCGACAAAAAGCAAAAUCCAGCUUUGAAAGGCAUUUCUGCAGAUCUUAUAGAAAUGAUUCGAGUUAAAGAAUCAGCUAAACUGAUGGAGACAAUGACUAGGAGUGUUGAAGAUGAAAAAAGAGCUGCAAUGAUGGAACGUGUUCCCAAAAUAGUACACAUAUUAUGGCUCUACUUCAUUGCGGAACGAAAAUCAGCUGUUCCUGUUGAUCUUGCAGUGGAAAAAAUUACUCACAGUUGCAACUCACUUGCAGCACCAGAUGAAGUAAAAGAACACCUGCAGCUUAUAAAAGAAGUUUUUCCUGGCUGGAUAUCUUUCAUUAAAAUUCCAAAAGGCGACUACAUAACAAUGGACAAAACGAAAGAUAUAAAUGUGAUGCUCAGCAAUGUAAAAUAGUACUGUAUGUAAAAGGGAAUUAUUUUGCUCAUUUUAUACUUUUUAUACUGCAAAGAUCCUUUUAAACAUUUUACAUUAUAGUAGCUCAUGAUUUAUGUAAAAUUUUAAUCUUGUAUGCUUUUAAUGCAAACAUAUUUUAAAUAACUUUCUGUUUUAUGCCAGAUGUAA